UUCUAGUCGGACGUAUUUUGUAGUAACACCCUUUCAAAAUGACUUCCAAAAUAGACACAACAUGCAAAAUAUUUUCUUUUCAAGACUACAAAUCCUCUCCCGAUCCGAUUUUCGAGAUUUCUGCCGAAUGCUUACAACCAUCACCAGUUCCGAUAAUAAUAGAUAACGGCUCUUUUCAAACAAGGGCCGGUUGGGCAUGCAAAGGGGACGAACUAGGCGCACCGCGGCUUCUGUUCAAGUCCGUGGCGGCGAGGAGCAGAGGGGCAGCGCGAAGUGAAACCCAAAUCGGCAAUGACAUUUCUAAUCUCGAGCCGGUGCGCUGGCUCCUGAAAAGCCAGUUUGACCGAAAUGUGGUUGUAAACUUCGAGAUACAGGAGCUGAUGUUCGAUUACAUAUUCAGCCACCUCGGAGUUGUGAAUGAGGGCAGUGUUGAACAUCCUAUAGUGCUCACAGAGGCGCCCUGCAACCCGCUGCACAGUCGCCAGAUGAUGUCAGAGCUGCUCUUUGAGUGCUACAGAGUUCCUCAUGUGUCCUAUGGCAUAGACGGCCUGUACAGCCUCUACUACAACAAUACUCUCAGCGACCUCACACCCCUACACACCGGCAUUGUCCUUUCCUCUGGCUACCACUGCUCUCACAUCCUACCCGUUAUCAAUGGAAGGCUGGAUGCGGGCAACUGUAAGCGUGUGAACGUGGGCGGGAGCCAGGCGGCCUCCUAUCUCCAGCGUCUGCUCCAGCUGAAGUACCCUGGUCACCUGGCUGCCGUCACCCUCAGCCGCAUGGAGGAGCUGCUCCACGAACACAGCUACACAGCCACAGACUACCACCAAGAGCUGGAGAAGUGGCGCAGCGUAGAGUUCUAUGAGCAGGAGGUGCACCGCAUGCAGCUGCCCUUCUCUGCCAAGGGGCUGGGCGGCGUGGUGAGUGUGGAGGAGAGGCAGGAGAGACGCACCCAGCAGCUGCGCAGGCUACAGGAGAUCAACGCCCGGCGCAGGGAGGAGAAGCUACAGCAGGACCAAGAGCGGUUGGAUAAACUACUGACAGUGCAGGAGCUGUUGGAGGACGGCUACCUGGAGCAGUUCCAUAAGAACCUGGUACAGCUGAACAUGGACUCUGCUGAGGAGCUGCAGUCCUACAUCAACAAGCUGAGCCUGGUGGUGGAGCAGGGCAGGCAGCGACUCUUACAGGCCUCGGAAAUGGAGCAGCCAAUGGACGAAGGGGACGGGGUGACAGAGAUGGAUCCAGACUUCAGCGAGGAAAACACAGAGACAGAAAAGCCUGUGCAACCGGUGUUUAACAUGGCAGAGUACCAUCAGCUGUUUGUGGGUACGGAGCGUCUGCGAGUCUCAGAGAUCCUCUUCCAGCCGUCGCUGAUAGGAGAAGACCAGAUGGGCAUGAUGGAGACUCUGCAGUAUGUCUUAGCCAGGUAUACUCCUGAGCAGCAGGAGGCACUGGCCCGUAAUGUGUUCCUGACGGGAGGGAACCUACAGUAUCCAGGUAUGAAGGAGAGGAUAGAGAGAGAGCUGCUGGCCAUGAGGCCCUUCCAGUCGCACUUCCAGGUGAUGAUGGCGUCGCGGCCUGCGGUGGACGCCUGGUACGGGGCUCGGGACUGGGCCUUGGACCACCCCCCUGGCGGGGAGGGCUGGAUCAGCCGGCAGGACUACGAUGAGAAGGGCGGUGAGUAUCUGAGCGAGCACUGUGCCUCCAACGUCUUCAUCCCCAUGAAGAUCGCCAAACCAGUCCCGCGCCUUGCUGAACCUCUGUUGGUGCCCAUUACCACGAUGACAGCAGCUUCCCCUGACAGUGUUUCAGCUUCUCCAUCAACCGUCACCUUGGCACCGACCCAAACGUGAACUCUUCCACUUUCUCUCAUGAGCACGUAUGGGAAAGAGAAAAACUAGGUCGGUGAUAAACACUGUAUAAUUCAUGGUGCUGUGCAUUUUGGGAUUUCAAAUUAGCACAGAUGAUGAUGGACCAAUGGACCACUCAUGUUGAAUAGUUACAACUUUAGACCGGUCUGAAGGCAUUGGGCUGUUUGGUUGUGUUAGUCCUUUUUAUACUUCAUCACAUGAAUGAUUUGGGUUUUUACCUGUGGAGUUUUUCUAAUACAAUCAAGAUAUGUUUAAGAUUCAGUCAAGGAUAUGUUGUCAACCAAACAUCUAGAUACCACAAGCUGGCAUUUGCUGUCAAAUAUCACAAUAAAAACAUAUACUUUUUGUAGAGCGACAA